AUGGAACAGCACCAAUAUGAGGUGAACAUUUGCUAAUCAAUAAUCACCAAUAAAAAGAAUUUUGAAAGCAAAUACAUUAUUUCAGGCCGAUCCAAGUGUCCAGCAACGUUCAGCGCAUCCUAACCAUGAAAAUAUUAAAGUGAGUUGAUUGAUCAAGCAACUUCGAAAAAUAUGUGUCGUUUUCCAAGAAACUAUAAAUAAAAUAAUAAGUUCAAUUAAAAAUGUGGGUUAUUUCACUAUUCUGAAUAGAAGUAACUAUGUUUACUUUAGGAAUGUGUGUCGAGCGAUCAGCUGCCAAGAACAGAUCCAACGACAGGAAAAAGGCCGAGCGUAUGUUAAUCUCAAGAAAAUAAAAAUAAGCCUUUGUUAUUGCAGUCGCUACAUGAUAAUUUUCCCAAAGCUGAAAUCAAAGAAGAAAUCAAAAGGGAAGAAGACAGGUUUUUCGGAAUGAGUGAGCAACUCAAAGUGGAAAUAGAUUCGGACAACGACGUACAACAAUUUUUUCACUUUCCAGUGUACAAUCUUUUUUUUUCAGUCGGAUUACGAAGACAGUGAGAAAACUCCGAAGGACACGGACAAAUGUCAUGGAUGUGGUCGAUUUACGCACGAAGACGACUUAGCCGCACUUGAAGAAGCAAAAAGAAAAGCGGAGCAAAAACCGCUGAUGAGCAAGAAGAAGUCGCACCGACACAAGCACAAUGACUUCCAGUGGAUAGGAUGCGAAAUAUGCAGCGCCUGGUAUCAUAUGCUGUGCUCUGGACUGGAGCAGUACGAGUACUACUUGUACGAAAAAUUCCACUGUGCGAAUUGUGUGGCCUCAGCUGGCCCAAGCAUCGGUAUGCGUUUUUUUUUCAUUGCGAAAAUUAUUCAAUUCAGUUUAUAGAAUAUCAAAAGCUCGCACCGAAUCGACAUCGUUGGUAUGAUGCCGCAGAGAAGAAUCGUCCGACGGAAGUGGGUUCGGAAGAAUGGAUCCGCGGAAUGCAGGACUGGGCCGAAAAGAUUCCGCCUCCGUGAGUUCAGUUCCGUUCUUUCUGAAAUAGAAAAAUAAUUUCAGAGACGACAGCGAAGUUUGCAUUGUGAAAGACGGCUACGAAUUCCAAAAAAAAUUCAGUGAAUUUGGAGGCCCUGACAAGUGGGACAAAGUGUUCCUUGUUCGGGAAAAAGAGGGACUCGGGAUGGUGAUGCCAGAGAAAGACUUUGAUCUGGAGGAUGUUGUCGACGUGAUGGGGCCUGAUUACGAAGUGGACACGAUUGACGUGUACAAUCAGAAUACGUACUCGAUGAAGCUGUCCACGUUCCUCAAAAAGUUCCGCGACAAUUCACCCAGAAAGCAUCUCUAUAACUUCUUGUCUCUGGAAUUUUCCGACAAUAUAGUGUGCGUUUUCUUUUGUGCUUUGAAAUUGUGAAGGUUCCCUUGCAGUAUGAAAGAAAAGGCGAAACCGCCUCGAUUUGUGCAAGACAUCUCGAUGGUCAACCGUCUCUGGCCAGACGAAUGCGGAGAAGAAUACAUUCGACUGCUUCAGAAGGAAGAAUUCCUUCCGGAAGAACAACGUCCAAAAGUUGAACAGUUCUGUCUGUCAGGAAUGGCCCACUCGUACACUGAUUUUCACAUUGACUUCGGAGGAAGCAGUGUCUACUAUCACAUCUUCAAAGUGAGCCUCCAUUCUUGUUCAUUUGUCAACAAUCGAACUUCCUGUUGCAGGGUCAGAAGAUCUUUUAUAUUAUAAAACCGACGGAAGAGAAUUUGGCGGCGUACGAGAGACACGAAUGCUCGCCGACUUCGACUGAAUGGUUCGGUGACCUGGUUCCGGGUGUCGUGAAGCGAGUGGUUAUCGAUGAAGGAGAGACCCUUUUGAUCCCGGCUGGAUGGAUUCACGCCGUUUACACUCCGGUCGACUCUCUCGUCUUCGGCGGAAACUUCCUUCAUCUGGGAAACUUGGACACGCAAAUGCGAGUGUACCAUCUGGAAAAUUCAGUCCGCAAAAAGAUCAACAGCGAGGCGAAGUUCUAUUUUCCAAACUUUGAGUAUCUGCAUUGGAUGUACAUGAGGAACGUUUUUCUGGAGAAGAUGAGAGGUAAUUUUUCGCUUAAAAACUGACAACUCCACUAUUCCACUUUUCAGAAGCCAAUGACGAAGGAAAUGACAUGCGUGAAAUGGAGCACGGCACGUGGAAAGCAGCUAUAAUGCUUGCAGACGAAAUGCGUGAGUGGGUGAUAAGAGAACAAGAGGAAGAAUUCGGAAAGGAAAAGUACGGAUUCGACAUUGACAUUGAGAACAAGAAGAAAAUGAUACACUCGUUCGAUAAGCAGUUUAACAUCCAAAGGAAGAUACAGGAGAGCAAGAAAGGACCGAUGAAGGUGAAAAUAAAGAGAAAGAGCCGAGAUUCGGCGGAGAGGGACGACGAGUACAAUCCGACUCCGACGAAGAAGAAGUGCUCGAAGAAGCAGAGAAGAGAGGACGAAGAAUUUCCAAAGUUUACAUUCGAUAUUCCGAAAAGGGAUGACGAUUUGGAUGAAUUCUGUCCGACUGGAAUCGUUCAAAGUGCGCCGAUGAAAGUGAAAAUCAUCACACAACCAACUGAAGAUCAGAAGAACGUCGUCGGUAUAUUCAACAGUGCGUGCACUUCUUCGGGCAGAAAAAUAAAGCUGAAACAGGAUGUUGCUGAUCUUUGUGGACGACAUUUAGAGGCAAGAAAGGAAGAAAUACCCGAGAGGAAAACGAGGUCCUUCGAAGAGUUAAACGACCAGUUGGAGAAGUGCGAAGCAGUGCAUUCUGGAGAGAAGAUAAAAAAGAAGAAGCCGAAGGGACCGAAGAAGCCCAAAGAGCCGAAAGAACCAAAAGAAAUGUUAUCAGGUACUUUUAAUGAGAAGGAAAUCAUGCAAUGAUGAUUUUCCAGGCGAAAAGAACGAUGGUGUAGAAGGCGCGACGCCGAAAACGACUGCAAAACAACGAAUAGCAAGGUCGCUGAAGCUCAAAUUUUAA